AUGGAUACGUUGAACUCGUCGACCUCACCGUCAGGCUCCUCGGAUGCUUCGCCGCAGAACCACGGGCCUUCUCAAAGCGCGAUUACUGCUGGCAAUAAUCGCAACAACUUACCGCGAAAGAGCCACACUAAGAGUAGAAGAGGUUGCCGGCGAUGUAAGCAACGCAAGAUCAAGUGCGAUGAAGUUCAUCCCGAGUGCGGGAACUGCGUCAAGCACAGCGUUCCUUGUGACUUCAAAACUUCGGGAGCAGUCACUGUACCUGUACCAGCAUCAAAAAGAGCCAUCUCCAGGCUCACAGUUUCCAAGAGCGAUGCUGCGCCAUCAUCGUCAUCUACUUCACCAAUUCAACCUUCUUUGCAUUUACUAGAUCCAACAACAUGUGCUACAAGGUCUCAGAUACCAGACUGGUCACACCUGGAUAGAAUGCUAGAGCUACGUAUCUUCCAUCAUUACACAUCAACCGCCUACGGCCGGCAUUACAGGAUUCCCAUUGCUCAGGAACUCUGGACGGUCCUAAUUCCAACCCUAGCAUUCGAACAACCAUGUCUCAUGGACAGCGUCCUUGCAUGCUCUGCACUCCAUAUGCGCAUACAGACUCCUCAAGAUAGCGCAUUGACACAGGCAUCACACAGGUACAUGGCCCGUUCGAUACGUACAUACCUCGAAGCGCUCCGAGGCGGCAUUACAAAGCAGAACUUCGAUACUUUGUACUUGACAGCCAUGUUUAUCGCUUUUCAUACCUUUCUGAACCGCCGCUUUGAACCGCAAAAUGCUACCACAGACAACAUGGCCGUCGAAUGGUUUCAACCAUUCCAAGGCGCCAAGGUCAUCGUAGAAGCCGCUCUAGCCCAUGUCUCAUCUAGUGCCGUCACACAGAUAUUCCCCGGCAUGCGAGUUCCGCUGUUUCGCUGCGACCACUUGAGCAGCGAGUGCAACUUCGGAUUUCUGCUGAACGGCCUUGCUAGAGAUGAACCAGACUACAAGAUAUAUAGAUACGCGACCUCGCAUAUGUGCAGGGCUCUGCACUGCCGCCAGCCGCGGUUCUUCAUUCGCUUUUUAAGCGAUGCACCUAGUCGGAUCUCGGAACUACUUCGAUUGGGAGAUCCACGCAGCAUGGUCAUUGCGUUCUCUUUCUUCUCACUGAUGAAAUCGGUCCCCAUCCGACUCUGGUGGCUAGACGGCGCGGCCGAUGGAGAGAUUGCCAGAAUCAGAAUGGCCUUGCCCGAGGCAUGGCUGCCGAUGCUUGAACAGGCUCAUGAGGUUGUCUGGGGGUGCACUGAGAUGUGCGAUAACCGUGGAUUGCAUGCGCAUGGACCGGACAAUCAGUCCGUGCCAAUGGUAUCUAUGUGGCAGCAAGAUUGGACCCAUAGCGCCCCGAAGACUUUGAUGACAAACAUCACGGAACAAGAGCUGCUGUGGGCUCGGACAUGA